GGUAAUGUCGGCACAUGUCAAAUCAUCUCUAAUCUUUCGUCCGAUAUCUCCAGAUCUGUCUAAUCCAACCUGCAUUUUCUAUUUUCCACCAGCCUUGGCUCCGUGUAAGGUGUAAGCCUCCAUCAGCCUCACAGGGCUGGGGUUUGCAGAAACCUAAUUAUGUUUCUGAAUGUCAGAUUUCCUCAUACUCAAUUGCCCUAAGCUCAUGGGCUAGAGUAUAUCAUCCCUUCAGAUUGCCGCGAUGGCAGCUAACUAUUGGGAAUCGACCCAGAGACGCUUCUGGCAGUUCUCGAAAGAUGAACUUGCUCAGAUGCGCGACGAGCUAGAGAAGAGCGACCAGAACCUGGUGCAGAUGUUUCCUCUACCGCGGAGGACUCACCUCAACAUCUACUUUAACCAACAGAUCGGUCGCCUAAGCAAGAGGCUCAAUGUCAAACAGCAGGCUGUUGCCACUGCGCAAUUAUACAUCAAACGAUUCUAUUCCAAAGUCGAAAUACGUCGCACAAACCCAUAUCUCGUUCUUACCACUGCGUUAUAUUUGGCUUGCAAGAUGGAGGAAUGUCCGCAACAUAUUAGGAUGUUUGUUACGGAAGCGCGUUCUCUUUGGCCGGACCUACUUCAUCUCGAAGUUUCCCGCAUCGGCGAAUGCGAAUUCUUCCUCAUUUCCGAAAUGAACUCCCAGUUGAUAGUUCACCAACCCUACCGAACCCUAACAAGUCUCCAGUCCGAUUUCAACCUCAACCAAGACGAGUUCAACCUAGCUCUAUCAGUCAUCAAUGAUCACUACAUGACAGAUCUACCGCUUCUAUACCCUCCCCACGUUAUUGCGCUUACAGCGAUUCUUCUUUGCUUAGUCCUUCGCCCGAAUACAAUGACAGGCGGGAAUGCAGCGGCGAAUAUAGCUACAUUAACAUCAACACUGACACAGGCUCAACAGACUCGACCCGGUGCCGGUGGCAGCGGCCAGAACACUCCAGGCGUCAGCGAGAGAGACAAACAACAAGAAGCGCGGGUAACCAAGGUACAGCGCUUCGCGGCCUUCCUUGCUGAAAGCAAUGUCGAUAUCGAGGGCAUGAUAGAUUGUACACAAGAGCUGAUUUCGUUCUACGAAUGCCAUGAGCAAUACAACGACAAGAUUUCGCGCGAACAAGUCAAUAGGUUUAUCAAGGCAAGAGGAUUGGACAAACACUAAAGACGUUACUAUAUCCUAUAUUUCUCUCAUGAGGAACAUAGCAACUAGAGUAAUCAAGAUAAUAUUGCACACAAGUCUCAAUAGUCGAUACCAUAUUCUCACAACUAUGGGCUUUUGAGAGCUACGAAUUAGCAUGGCGUAAAGACGCUUCAUACUAUAUCAUCAAACCCCUUGAAACAUCUGAAUACCUACCUAGGUACUUAAGUCCUCAAUUAUACAUACAUUCC